AUGGUCAACCAGCGAUUCCAGAGCGGCCCUAAUGGGCUCUAUCGUCAGCCCCUUCCUGGCGACCUCCCCUCCCCUGCGACCGCUCCUCUCCGGCCCAUCUUCCCCAGCCUCUACUUCCCCAGCCUCUACUUCCCCAGCCUCUACUUCCCGGCCCCUCCCUUGGCCCCGCCCCUGGCUCCUCCCUUGGCCGCUCCCUCCUGGCCCUUCCCCUGGCAUCUCCGCUCCUCCCCUACUCCCAUGGACCGUCUCAAACGGUCUCUCCAGGUGGUAGUCAGCGUUCUGCCAUCAGCCAACUCUGAAUGGUUGAUGACAAUUGGACCAUAA